AUGGACGAGUCCCCAGACUACCCGAGGAAACCCCACCGAUUGGAGCCCAGUCUCAGGGUCUGCCUGGAGCAACUGCAUCAGCUCAGUGUAUUUUGCAGGAAAUUGGAUGCAGACACUUAUGAGAAUGACCCAGAAUUAGAAAAGAUCCACAAAGAAAGAAACUACUCCUGGGUGGACAUAAUCACAGUAUGCAGAGUGCAACUACCAAACUAUGAAGAAAAGGUUAAAAUAUUUUAUGAGGAACAUUUACAUUUGGAUGAUGAAAUUCGUUAUAUCUUGGAUGGGAGUGGUUAUUUUGAUGUAAGAGAUAAAGAGGAAAAGUGGAUUCGGAUUUUCAUGGAGAAAGGAGACAUGAUAACCUAUGUAAAAGCAAUGCAGCUAUUUGUUGGAGAGCCAGUGUGGACAGCCUACAACCAGCCUGCUGACCAUUUUCACACUUGA